ACUUUUAUAAAAUUGAAUAAUUUCACACCCAACCAAAAACUCAACGCAAAGAGAGAAACCACGACACAACACAAAACCUCCUUAGACUUGGUGUAUUUUGUUUUUCUGUCUGUGUUGUUCCUUCACAACCACAGAGCCAAAAACAAAAACAUCUAAAACCUCUUUCUUUCUCUGUGUUUGUGUUUUUAGUUUUUGUUUUUGUCCUAUGAAACUCCCAACAACGUUUGCAGACCCGGAAUCCUUGUCUUACCUUUACACCUUGCUCCAAUCUUCCUUCGACCAAAUGAAUGAUCCCACCAACAACAACACUUCCACCACUGGGAGAAAACGCCGCAGAAAAAACGAGGAUGAUGAUGAUGAUGAUGAUGAUGGUGAUGAUGAUGGUUCAUCCAACAACAACAACAACAACAACAACAAGAGGAGCAAGAAGAAGAAGGAAGAGCUAAAGGGUAUCCUCACUUCAAUUCUCUUGUUAGACGAACAAGAGAAACUUGAGCAGCAACAGAACAAUAAGGUCUCAGAGGAAGAGAAGUUUUCAUUGGAAACCAAUCACAAGAAGAAAACAAAAGCCAUGCUUCACUACUAUUCCAACCUUGAUGAGUAUUACAGCCACGUGGAGGAGUCAGAGAGGGUGAAGAGGAAGAAGUCACGCGGCAUGGCACGUGCGGUGGCGGUGGCGGUGGCAGCGUGUGAAAGAGAAGGUGAGGGUGGUGGUGGAAGUGCUGAAGGGGGGAAAUCUGGUGCGGGAGGCUCACAGAGAAGGUUGUGGGUGAAGGAUCGUUCAGGAGCAUGGUGGGAUGAAUGCAACAAAGAGGAUUUUCCUGAAGAAGAUUUUAAGAAGGCUUUUAGGAUGGGAAGAGAAACCUUUGACAUGAUCUGUGAGGAGUUGAAUUCAGCAAUUGUGAAGGAAGACACCACUUUGAGGAAUGCUAUUCCUGUGAGGCAAAGGGUGGCUGUGUGUUUGUGGCGAUUAGCCACUGGGGACCCUCUUAGGAUUGUUUCUAAGAGGUUUGGUUUGGGGAUAUCAACUUGUCACAAGCUUGUUCUUGAGGUUUGCACCGCUAUUAAGUCUGUGCUUAUGCCAAAGUACUUGAAUUGGCCUGAUGAGGUUGCAUUGAGGAGGGUGAAGAGUGAGUUUGAGGGUGUUUCUGGGAUCCCUAAUGUUGUAGGCUCUAUGUACACCUCUCAUGUGCCUAUUAUAGCUCCUAAGAUUAGUGUGGCUGCUUAUUUCAACAAGAGGCACACUGAGAGGAACCAGAAGACUUCUUAUAGUAUUACUGUUCAAGGGGUGGUGGAUCAUAGAGGGGUGUUCACUGAUGUGUGCAUUGGUUGGCCUGGUUCAAUGCCUGAUGAUCAGGUGUUGGAAAAAAGUGCCCUUUUUCAAAGGGCUAAUGGGGGGCUUCUGAAGGGGGAUUGGAUUGUGGGUAGUUCAGGGUACCCUUUGAUGGAUUGGGUUUUGGUGCCUUAUAGCCAGCAGAAUCUGACUUGGACUCAGCAUGCUUUCAAUGAGAAGAUUGGGGAGGUUCAGAAGGUGGCUAGGGAUGCUUUUGCUAGGUUGAAAGGGAGGUGGAGUUGUCUGCAGAAGAGGACCGAGGUGAAGCUGCAGGACUUGCCAGUCGUGCUAGGGGCGUGCUGCGUGCUGCAUAAUAUAUGCGAGUUGAAGGGGGAGAAGAUUGACCCUGAGCUGAAGGUUGAUCUGAUGGAUGAUGAGAUGGUGCCUGAGGUUGCCUUGAGGUCAAUGAGCUCCAUGAAGACGAGGGACGCGAUCGCGCAUAAUCUUCUGCAUCAUGGUUUGGCUGGCACUUCUUUUCUGUAAACUGAAAGGGUUGUGUUUUGGUAAUGGUGUAUACCGUUUUGCUGCUUGAGAUAAUGAUGAUUCUUUUGCUUGUUUAUUAUUAUUACAUGGUAUUGAAGUAAGUCACUGGUCAUUGUUUGUUGAAGAGUCUUUGUAUGUAAAAGAUGUAUUGGCCCUUUCAACAGAUAUAUGAUUAUAGUCUGCACAGGGUUAGAUCCUGAAUUUGUAACCCCCAAUUCCAUACUUUAAUUGCCAAAUAAGAUAUUGAAUAAUAAAAUUAGAACAUUCUUUUGUAGCA